AUGCGUCAAUGUUCAAAAGUAUCAUUGUUCAGUUCGUCAAUAGAAAUUGAAGCAAGCGGACGCAAAAUGAAAAGGAGCAUUGGUUUAAUACUGGUUUGGCACUUCUUGAGCGCAAUCGAUUUUUCGUAUUCAAAAAUCGUGAAUUGUAGUUAUAUCAAUGGUAAAACUGAUUCGGUGGAACUAAGUUGCAAAAGUGAUUUUAGCCUACGCGGGUUUUAUAAUCGUGCUUACGACAUUGAUUCUGAUGAAGAAGACUACGCACCAUUCCAUGAAGAUACUUCGAUUCGAAACGGUGAAUGCUAUUCCGAUCUGUUCAACAGUGAAUCAAAAGAGGAAAAUCGCCUCAACGUUAAACUAUUGAAAGUGUCCGCUCAUUGUGGACAAAGUAAAAGUUUGAGUGAUCAAUUUCCGAAUAUCCGUGAACUGGAUAUCUCAUCCAAUUCAAAUCUAGACCGUCUUCAAUCGUUCAAAAAUUUGGACAAGGUGAAUGCAUCGCACAAUAGAAUGAAGUCAUUGUCUUUGUUUAAUUUUAAUAGUCUACCGAGCUUGUAUGAAGUGGAUUAUUCCUAUAAUGGUAUCGAGCUAAUUUAUGGAAAAAUUGAUGAAAAUGCAUUGAUUGCUAUAGUUAACAUUUCGCAUAACGAAUUGGAAUCCUUCCAAGAAGAUGAUUUUGGAACAAUGACAAAGCUGAAAGUAUUGGACUUAAGUUACAACAAAAUAGCCUACAUUCAAUUGAAUUUAUUUCAAAGUAACACCAAUUUGGAAGUGCUGCGCCUUGAUAAUAAUCCAAUGAAGGUAUUCGAUUGUCAUUUCCUUUCACCGAUGAAGAAUCUAGCAUCCGUGACUAUGACAUUGGACAAAAUUGAGCAAAUCGAUUUGAAUUGCAAGGGAUGCACCAUUGGCCUAGUCCCAGACAACAUAAAUGAAACUAUUAUUCGUUUGGCGGGAGUCAAAAAUGUGUUACGCUUCAAUAAUGACUAUUUCAAAAAGUUGGCCUAUUUUAUGAUGGCUGAGAGUGAAACCGAAAAUAUUUCGCAGAUAAUUGAACUGCUGCCGUCAUCCUUACAACUAUUGGGAAUUGGAUCAAGCAAAUUGAACGAACAGAAUGUCAACAUCAUCGAAAGAUUCAACAAGUUGGAACAACUCAUUUUGAUGCAUUCAAAUAUGACCGAUUUGGAGCCAAAUAUAUUCUCGCAUCAAAGCGAAUCUCUAAAAUUGCUCGACCUUUCGAAUAAUCAUUUGAGAAUAAAUAAUCCAACGGCAAUAUUUGCACCAUUGAAAAAUUUGCACACGUUUGUAAUUUCAAACGCUCAUCUCGAAAAUAUCCAUGAAGUUCUACAGGCAAUUACACCAUCCGUUAUCCAUUUGGAUGUAUCCUUCAACUAUGUGGGAAAAUUGGACGUCACAACAUUUCAACGUUUCACCAAUUUGCAAUUUCUCAAUUUGAGCCACACAAAUCUAUCGAACUUUGGAUUCAACACAUUUUAUCAUCAAACCAAAUUGCGUUCGCUCGAUCUUUCUUAUAAUCAACUCAAGAAAGUUGAUUUCACUCUGUUUGUUCGCAGUUUUCUUGAUCUCACUCAUUUGUACUUGGAAGGCAACAAUUUAUCAGAGAUCAAAACUAUAACUGCAGUUGUUUUUCCGAAGCUCUCGACGUUGGCUGUAUCGAAAAAUCAACUGUCCUGUCAUGAUUUAGCGGCAUUUCUGCAUCAAUGGAAAGAUUUAAAAGUCAUUGGCAAUCCAACGAAUCAAACAAAUAUUAAUGGCAUCGACUGCGAUCCAAAUGCUGCAGAGGAAACAACGAAAAAGAUGGAAAAGGUGAAUGGCGUACACAUUUUGACGCCAUCUAAACAAGAAAUCAUUGUAACACACACCGAGUCGCACAUAACUAAAUAUUCGGUAUUGUUUUUAUGCGUGAUUUGCUGCGGAUAUUUGGUGGUGAAAUCAAAACUUAUUCCACGAAUCAGGGAGAAACUGGCAAAGAAUCCACUUGCAACCAAUGGAAGGUGUCAACCAGCCACAUCGACAUUAGUACUUAUGGAGCAAGAAAACUUAUGAAAAUGGAAAUGGAACAACAACGCUUCAGAAUGACAGAAUAUGAUGAUUCAAAGGAGUAUUUUUUUCAAUCUUCCAAUUUUUUACGUGCUAACAUCAUUGAGAAAUCCUUUUAAACAGAGUACAUAAACGAGACAUCGGCUGUUGUAUUGGCAGCCAGCUAUUCAUCGCAGGAAUGAGAUUUUUGUCUUGUUCAUUUACCGACAUUCGUCAACAAGUCUGCCACUGUGUCACUACAUAGCAUUAUAGGCCAUAAGAAAUGUGUAUAGACGAAAAUUUUCGCCAUUUAGUUUUACAUUGCCAAUACAUUAGUCAUAGAGAUUUUUGUUUUGUUUAUUUUUUGUUGUUUGUAAACGAAUCUGCAUAUCUUUUUUGCAUUGCCACUGUAAAUAGUAAAAAAAUGUGUUUUGAUACGUCACCUAGAGCACAAGCAGACCGAUGUAUGAUAAUAAAAAUUUGUGAAACAAUUUUUUUUCAGUGACAAUAAAUUUUCUUUGAAGUAAGAAA